GGCGCCUGAGGACGACCAGCCAUCCAUCCCCGACGACGCUUUCCCAUCCCAGCCCAAUUGAGCGUGGUCGAGAAGAACCAGAGACGAUGUUCCUCGCCAGGCGAUCAGCUGCCCCGGCGCGGACCUUACUUCGACGUCAUCAACCGUUCCGCUCUGCCCAUGGCGAGGCCCAUCAUGCCGAACCAGUGAACGAAUAUUUCGGCCGCGGCUUCUAUCUCGCAAUUGCAUCCGUGCCCGUCGGCAUCGCUAUCUACAAAUAUUCCACGUCAGAUUCUAAACACACGCCGUGGAUCACCCGCCUCAUUGAGGAGUAUACCCCCAACGAGAGCCUCUGGGAGAAACGAAAUGCUCUCCAUACACUGGCCAUGGAGAAGGCUGCUGCCGAUCGACAUCUGUUCCACAGUCAAAACCCUCCGUUGACCCUUGAGCUUCGCUGUCCUGAGAUUUUUAACUCCGGCUCGCCAAUCAACAUGCCCGCCGGAAACUCUUCCGGAAAUCUACAAGCGGUCGUUGCGCAUUACCAGCAGAGACAAAGGGCCCAGGAGGAGAGGAGGGUAGCCCGGAUGGAAAACGGAAAAGUUCAGUCGAUGUAUGAUGAUGGCAGAUACUUUUGAAUUGAACGGCGAAUUAGAUGCAUAUACUGUAUAUAUUGUGCUCUUAACCCUCGGGUUUGGACGAGGGAUAUUUUAUUCUGGUUUCUGAAGCUCAUUGGGGAAGUGCUACACCUGCAUUGCACAGUCAUAUCUUUCGUUUUUCUUUUACCGUCUAGUUCGCAGCACCAGGUUUUUGCAGGGGCCAAAGCCAAAACUUGUGACUCAAAUUCCUGCACAAAAUCCCUGCAUGGCGUGCUAGGUGUGGUGGGCAUCGCUAGAGAUCAUGCCACUUGCAGAUUCCUUAUAGGUUUCCAGCAGCACGAAGACAAGGGGCAGCGGAUCAUUAAGUUCCGCCCAUGUAUGUACAUACAUCCAUACAUACAUGCCUCUCUGCAUACAGCUCUGUCCCUGCAGCCCAAAAUCCAACAUGCCGCAUACUGAAAAUCUAGAAUAUCUUGAUUUAAACUGUGAUCUCCAGCACCACCCUCACCACACCUUGGUCCAGAACCAUGGUCACCUCUUGCGUGUGCAUGUCCUCGCCACCGAUUUCUUUCAGCGUUUCUAGAAAUUCAUCCACACCUCCUCCAACUCCGAAGUACACCUUCUUCGCAGCAACGAGAGCUCGUGUCCGCGCUUUGUUUUGGGCAGGCCCGGAUACGGGUCUGGUUCUUCUGCGCAACAACCCCGUCAGCGUCUCUGCGAAUGGCCGGAGGUAGGUGGGAGAAUAUAUCGUUUCACUGGCGAGUAUGAAUGUUUGGUGUGUGUUAUUUAGGCUCUUCGCGUUCGACUCGGGGGCUAUGAGAUCGACAAAGCGAGGUGACCAGCCUCCUGAAAUGAAGGAGAGCGAUAUUCCGCGGGCUGAGAGGUCAUGGCGAAAAGAGUCAAGGAGGGCGGAAUCGAUCUGAAGUUCAGACUCUGACUCCGCUUCGGGAUUCUUGCAGCACGUAUACCAGGUGAGAAGGAUGUUAGGAAGAGUAACCAGACUCAAGACGGCGGCGUUGUAGUCUGCUAAGAUGAAGUUGAUUUUCCGUGUCUGUUGGGUAGUCUUGGGCGAGCUUUGCAGGAAUAAUCGUAAUAAAAGAAGAGAAGGUAUUGCAGUCCCGG